AUGCGCACUCGUCAGUCAUCGUUCCUGUGGCGCAUCAACACUUCUCCGCCGUCCUACUUUUUCGGCACGAUCCACGUGCCGUACGACCGCGUUUGGAGUCACAUUCCGGAUAACGUUAAACGCGCCUUCCACCUGUCCGACGCCGUGUUCUUCGAGCUGGACCUGACCAACUCCGAGACCGUCUCGGCGCUCACCAAGUGUCAGCUGCUACCGCGCGGCUCCCGCCUGGACCAGCUGCUCCCCAGUGAUAUCUACCGGCGACUCCAGAAGCACUUGGACUACGUGCGCCACAUGAUGCCGCUCUGGAUGACGGCCGACCAGCGCCGCGGCCUCUACGCCGACUACCUCUUCAACGCCAUCACCGGCAACUGGCAGCAGAAGCGACCCGUCUGGGUGAUGUUGAUGGUGAACACGCUGACCGAGAGUGACGUACGGUCGCGUGGCGUGCCCGUGCUUGACCUGUACCUGGCGCUGGAGGCCGAGAAGCGCAACAAGCGCACCGGCGCCGUGGAGCGCGUCGAGGAGCAGUGUCUUCCGCUCAACGGACUCGGCAUGCCACAGGUGGUGUUUGCCCUGAAUCAGACGCUGAACCAGCACGAGAACAUCCGGGCCGGCCAGGAGGCGCCACCCUACACCACCGAGGACCUUAUCAAACACUACAACUGCGGCGACCUGGACGAGGUCAUCUUCCGGCGCGACUCAUCCCAGAUACCGCCGUCCGUGUUCCAAGUGCCGCCGCUGCGGGCGACCGUGCCGGCGUCCUCCGCGGCCGACAGCAUCACCGCCCGCACCAUCGACCGCUACUUCAGGGACGAGCUCAUUUACAAGCGUAACCGGCGCAUGGGGGAGCGCAUUCUGGAGCUGCUCUGGACCCCCACCGCAUCGCUCAUAUGCCUCGGUCGACCGACGGAGGCUGGCCACGGUGUCGAGCUGGUGGGGAUGACCAGCCGGCACUCUCACCAGAGACCUCAGCGACUUCUGCUGUGA